GGGGCGGCGGGCUGCGGCGGGCCCGGAGGUCCGAGCCAGGAGGGGAGCCUGCACCCUCCGCCGCCCGCCCUUCGGGGACUAUCAGACCUGAGCCAAGAGGCAGGUGCACCGGGCAGAUGGGUCUGAGUCCUGUUGGACAGAAGAGAAACUGAGUCCCCGGCCCAGGAGCCGCAGGGUCAGCGGGCCCGAGGGCGCUGGGUCCGCCCGCGGCGCGGAGGGUGGGGUGGGCCUGUGCGCGGAGGUGGCCUCUGCCUGGAGAUCGGUUUCUCUUCUGUGUCCGCACCUCUUGGCUCGGGCCCCUGUGCUCCAUGACUCCGGCAUCUCCUGGCUUCGCGUUGGUUGGGGAUGGUCCCUGUGCUUGGAGCACCUGAGUGUGCAGGGCCUAGGCCGGCGAGGAAGGGGCGGGGGUGCAGCCUGUGGGGCUCAAUAGGAGUCUGGGGUUUGGGGGAGACCUCGAGCUACCUUCACCCCAGUCCUGGUGCCAGUCAUUUUUCCAGUAUAAUAGGGGGGAGGAGCGCUAAAUUCCAUGUCCAGCUCUGCCGUUUGCCAGUUGUAAGACCUCGGGAAAUCUCUUCCUUCUCUAAUUUCUCUUUUAGAAGAUUGGAACCCACAAAGAUAGCAAUAAUGGUGGUCCUUUAUUUUGUGCUUACUUUGUGUUCCACUUAAUUCUCCCGAUAGAUACAAAAACUGAAGCUCAGAGAGGACGUAUAAUUUGUUCAAGAUUACACAGCUAAUAGGUGUCAGAGGUUGGAUUUCAUCCCAAGUCUGACCCCAUAAGCCAUGGCCUUAACCAGCAGGCUAGCCAGCCUUUAGGGCACACUCCCCAGUGAGAGAAGAGGGAGGUGAAAAGGCCGAGGAUCCCCGCUCCCUGUUACGUUUUAUGUAGUUUGUGACCAGCAAAGACUCGCCCUGACCCGACCUCCUAGCCUUUCCUCACCUGGUGCUGCUGCCUCUGAGAUCCAGACUGAAGGGGCAGCAAAGAAGUGGGCUGUGACCAUUGCAGGCCUUCGCACAGGGCUUGGGCGCUGGGCCCUGGGGUCGGCUUCCAAGACAGUUGCUGUUUCAAUCCAUCAUCCGUCCACCCUCCUCAGUGAGCACCCUCCCUGAGAGCUGGACUGGGGGACACGUGAGGCAGGGUCUCUGAGCUCUGUAGGCCUAGCUCCUCCUGGAGCUGGGGCAGUGAGAGGCUGUGGCUGAGGUCGGUCCAGCGAGCCCUGAAACCUUUCUGAGCUCCCGUGUCCGCAUCUGUUAUAGAGGUUAUUAAGGCUCCCAUGGGGAAAGCUGCUGCCGCUCACCCCGUGUCUUCUGGCCGCUUCCCUCUUUGCUGCCCCUCCCCACAGGCUCCCCCUCUGCACCUCCUGGGGACCGUCAUGAAUGGUGCCCCUUCCCUGGAGGACGGGGCCUUCCCCUCUCCUCCUCCCUUGCCACCGCCCCCUCCCCCCAGUUGGCGGGAGUUCUGUGAGUCCCAUGCCCGGGCCGCUGCCCUGGAUUUUGCCCGCCGUUUCCGCCUGUACCUGGCCUCCCACCCCCAAUACGCAGGGCCCGGGGCCGAGGCUGCCUUCUCCCGCCGUUUCGCUGAGCUCUUCCUGCAGCAUUUCGAAGCCGAGGUGGCCCGGGCCUCUGGCUCCCUCUCACCACCCGUCCCGGCCCCUCUGAGUCCCGGUGUGGAGAUCCCGCCACACGACCUGUCCCUUGAGAGCUGCAGGGCGGGCGGGCCUCUGGCUGUGCUGGGCCCUUCUCGAUCAUCUGAGGACCUGGCCGGCCCCCUCCCUUCCUCGGUCUCUUCCUCUUCUACAACCUCCUCCUCGAAGCCGAAGCUGAAGAAACGCUUCUCCCUCCGUUCAGUGGGCCGCUCCGUCCGAGGUUCGGUCCGCGGCAUCCUGCAGUGGCGGGGGACCGUGGACCCCCCCUCCCCGGCCGGGCCCCUGGAGACCUCAUCAGGCCCCCCAGUGUUAGGCGGAAACAGCAACUCCAACUCCUCUGGUGGGGCUGGGACCGUUGGCAGGGGGCUGGUUAGUGAUGGACCAUCCCCGGGGGACAGGUGGACUCACCGUUUUGAGAGGCUGAGACUCAGUCGGGGAGGAGGGACCUUGAAGGACGGAGCAGGGAUGGUGCAGAGGGAAGAGCUGCUGAGCUUCAUGGGGGCGGAAGAGGCAGCCCCUGACCCAGCUGGAGUGGGCCGGGGCGGAGGGGCAGCUGGGCCUGCCUCAGGGGGAGGAGGGCAGCCUCAGUGGCAGAAGUGCCGCUUACUGCUUCGAAGUGAAGGAGAAGGAGGAGGAGGAAGUCGCCUGGAGUUCUUUGUACCACCCAAGGCAUCUCGGCCUCGGCUCAGCAUUCCCUGCUCUACCAUCACGGAUGUGCGGGCGACCACAGCGCUGGAGAUGCCUGAUCGGGAGAACACAUUUGUGGUUAAGGUGGAAGGCUCCUCAGAGUAUAUCCUGGAGACAGCUGAUGCCCUACAUGUGAAGGCCUGGGUGUCUGACAUCCAAGAAUGCCUGAGCCCGGGGCCCUGCCCUGCUACCAGUCCCCACCCCAUGACCCUCCCACUGGCCCCUGGGGCCUCAUUUCUUACAAGAGAGAACACAGACAGCCUGGAACUGCCCUGCCUGAAUCACUCAGAGAGUCUGCCCAGCCAGGAUCUACUGCUGGGACCCAGCGAGAGCAACGACCGCCUGUCACAGGGGGCAUAUGGGGGCCUCUCAGACCGCCCUUCAGCAUCCAUCUCCCCUAGUUCCGCCUCCAUUGCUGCCUCCCAUUUUGACUCAAUGGAACUGCUCCCCAGAGUGCCACCCCGCAUGCCCAUUGAAGAGGAACCACCAGCUGGGACAGUUCAUCCCCUCUCAACCCCCUACCUCCUGGACACUCCAGAAACAGCCACAGGGUCAUUCCUGUUCCAGGGGGAAUCAGAGGGAGGUGAGGGGGAGCAGCCCCUCUCAGGGUAUCCUUGGUUCCACGGGAUGCUCUCUCGACUCAAGGCUGCCCAGUUAGUACUGGCCGGAGGCACCGACUCCCAUGGUGUUUUCCUGGUACGUCAGAGUGAGACGAGGCGGGGCGAAUAUGUCCUCACUUUCAACUUCCAGGGCAAGGCCAAGCACCUGCGUCUGUCGCUGAAUGAGGAGGGCCAGUGCCGGGUCCAGCACCUGUGGUUCCAGUCCAUUUUUGAUAUGCUCAAGCAUUUCCGGGUGCACCCCAUCCCUCUGGAGUCUGGAGGCCCCAGUGAUGUUGUCCUUGGCAGCUAUGUUGUGUCCUCCCAGCGGCAGCAGGAACCGAACACCUCCCACGACCCACCCCCACCCCCUGAACCCCCUUCAUGGACAGAUCCCCCACAUCCUGGGGCAGAAGAGGCGUCGGGGAUGUCAGAAGUGGCAGCAGCAACAGCCACAGCAGCCAAAGAGAGGCAAGAGAAAGAGAAAGUGGGCAGUGGAGGGAUCCAGGAAGAGCUGGUCCCCGUGGUUGAGCUGGUCCCCAUGGUUGAAUUGGAAGAGGCCAUGACACCAGGCAUGGAGGUCCAGGGCGGCCCUGGAUCUGGUGGGGUCCCUGAAGCAACACCGAUGGUGCAGCUCCAGCAGUUACCACUAGGGGGCGAUGGAGAAGAAGGGGGCCACCCCAGAGCCAUUAAUAACCAGUACUCCUUUGUGUGACACCCUAUCCCCACCCUUUCUCCACUUUCUUGCUCCUCAGCCCUCAGUUCCUGAGACGGGGGCUGAGCAGGGACAUAGAGGAGCGGUAGGAAUCCCCUCCCCAUAUGCUUCCUUACCCUUGAUGGCCAAGGGAUGUAUGUUGGUACAAGAAGAGGUUCAAGAGUCCCGUUAACUCCCCAGUUCAUACACUACAGGUGCCCCGUCCCCUGGCGAGGGGACUUGGGCUCCAUUACCUCUCCAAGGGGCUCUACGGUCAGCCCCGCCCCUGGGGGCCAUUUCCCCAUUAUCUACCCCCAGCCCAAGGAGGGGUGAGGGGGAAGGGCUGUCAGUUAAUAUUAAGGUGGUUGUUGUUGUUGUUUUAAACAAAAUGGAGAAGCAUAAAUAAAUAAAAGGGUUUAUCUCAGUU